UCCACUCCUUCCUCCACUCCGGCAUCCACUCCUUCCUCCACUCCGGCAUCCACUCCUUCCUCCACUCUACUCCUUCCUCCACUCCACUCCUCAUUCACCCGGGCCAGCAGAAGAGUAUAUGGACUUUGAAAAGGCGACCCUCAAGAAGGCCGCUGUCUCGACCCUACCGUUGUAUGUCAAUCGCCCCUUCUACCUCUUCCCCUUCUUUCCUCCUAGAUGCUAUCACUGAUAUAGCCACAUACCACCCAUGCUAAACCCGCGUACAACUCCUCUUUUUUGUCAUCAAUAGCUGGGCGGAGCAUGACCAGGGGCAACAACAGAAGCAACAACACACUACCAGACUCGAUAGACUGCCAGAGGUGCUUGAACACGAUCCAACCCAUUCCUACCCUCCAGGAGUAGCCUCGCCUCCAACACUCCUCCUCCCAAAUAGCACCCCCUCAGCCUCGGCUCCAGCGCCAGGCUUGGAUUCUAAUGCCAACAGCAUCAGCCCCUUUGCUAGCAAUAGCAGGUCAGGUACCUCCACAACAAAACCUCUUCAAACAGACUCGUCACAGCACCUCGCCUCGGCCUCUUCAGUAUCCUCUAAGAGAAGCUCUUCGCAGGAUUGGUCCGUCUUCGCGACCAUGAGCAACGUCUCGACCAUCUCUGACCUCUCUCGCAGAUACCUUGGCACUUUCGCUCCAGGAGGAACAGCAACAACAGCACCGACCUCUGGUAGUAAAGACACCAGUCCUUCCACUGCCGUUUCGAACCUGCGAAAGCUCCCUGGUCUCAAACUGGAUGAGAUCUUCAAGACGAAGUCGACGGGACAUGUUGUCACUAAUGGGGAUAUAGUCGACAACAACAGUAUCAACAGCAAUAACAGCAACAUCUGUACCUGUAAUUGUCCACAGCACAGGCGAGGAGGUCCAGGCAUAGGAUUGGACACAUCGAGAUCAAAGCGACGGAACCGAAAAGAGUCCAUGGAAGCCAUGCGAGGAUACCCCACGGGUCAAUGCAUCUCGACCGAGCCACCCGAACACACAGCCUGGGAUGAAAAGGACACAGAAUUACCCUUGACCCAAGAACCCAACACAACCAAGAACACAGCCUUUAAUCUCGAAUCCAUGAAGGCCUUCCUCAACUCGCCCUUGUUCUCCAAUUUCUUAAAGACCUUGACCGUUAUGACGGCCGUGUCCCUAUUUGCCAUCGCUCUGGACGCGAUCAUCAUCCUGAUUAAGACCCCUGACCAUCAGACACAGCUCUCGAAUGAUAACGCUGUCUUAAUCUUCACUGUCAUUCUGUCAAUCCUCACCAUCGCCUAUUCUUGCUUCACUAUCUUUCUGGAGUCCCGACGACCGCCCGAGGGGCUCGACAGCUCGAACUCAAAGCCCCUAAUUGUCAUCUUCACGGAAAUCAUUGCCUCCAUCAUCUGGGCGCAGGUUCUGAGUAUCUCAAUUUAUAUCUACGUCUGGACGUAUGGAUGCACAGCAGCAGGUCAGCGCCAGAUCGACAGGUCAUGGAAACAGGACAUUGCGGACGAACAUUUGCAUGGAAAGCUGUGUCGGAGGCAGGGUGCCAUGGUCGGGCUGGAAUUCUUGCUGGUGCUGCUCGUUAUCUUCAACUUUUAUACACACCUGGCCCAAAACUUCAAGUUUAUCCGUGCAGUUUCUUGAUGCAUUUUCCGUCUCCUUUCCUCAUCUUCACCAUCCCUUCCGUGUAACAUAAUGCCAAUAAACAUAUUACUAGCGACAAAGU